UAACUAAAGAAGGAGACCAUGAAGGCUUUCGUUCUCGCACAUGCGCAGUGCGUAAUUUUGGAUCGUUCAUUAAGAUGGCUGCGCCCAUUGAUCUAGAGCUGAAGAAGGCGUUCACAGAGCUGCAGGUGAAGAUGAUCGACACUCAGCAGAAGGUGAAGUUGGCCGACCUGCAGAUCGAUCAGCUGACUCGGCUUCAGAAACAUGCUAAGUUAACUCACACUGAGAUCACCACGCUACCUGACAACACGCGACUGUACGAGGGAGUCGGACGCAUGUUCAUCUUGCAGUCGAAGGAGGAAAUCAACAAUCAGCUGACAGACAAACAGAAAACAGCUGACGAGAAAAUAAAAGAACUGGAGCAGAAGAAGGUGUACCUUGAACGCAGCGUGAAGGAAGCAGAAGACAACAUCAGAGAAAUGCUGCUGUCCAGGAGAGCCCAAUGAUGACUCAGCAAUAGCACGGAGACACACACACACCACACACACCUGUCAGAUAUGAUCAACAAUCUGUAACCUGUAUUUGUUUGUUCUUAUUAAAAUGUGGAAGCUUCA